GCCGCACCGAAUUCCUGCCUGUUCGUGCUAGCCACCAUCUACUCGACUCUCGCUCAAUAGAUAACCUCUUGCCCGGCUCCUGCUGCUUGCAAUACCCUGUUGAAACCACCUCUGAAGCUUCCGCGCCAUAGCUCGGUAAGAUGUCCACGCUCUUUGGAUCAUCACCCGCUGCGGCUGCCACCACAAGCACCACCGGAGAUCUGUCAAAGGAUGUCGCUUUGGUGCAACCGCCAGAGGACAGCACAUCUCAUCUCGCAUUCUCGCCGCAGGGCGACUUUCUCGCGGUCUCGUCAUGGGACAAAAAGGUCCGGAUAUACCAAGUGAACGAGCAGGGGCAGAGCGAGGGGAAGGCUGCUAUGGAUUUUGACGCCCCGGUCUUGGGUUGCGCAUGGUCAGAGGACGGACAAAAAGUCGCAGGCUGCGGUGCCGACAAGACUUUUCGGCUCCUUGACCUGGGAUCGGGCAAUAUGACUCCGCAGACUCUGGUCGCUCACGAACAGCCCGUCCGAGCGUGUCGCUUCGCCACUAUCAAUAACUCGCCCAUUCUCAUUACCGGCUCGUGGGACCGAACCGUCAAAUACUGGGAUCUGCGAACCCCAAACCCGGUCGCAACAUUACAAUGUCAAGAGCGAGUCUACACGAUGGAUGUCAAGAACAAGCUUCUGGUCAUUGGCACUGCAGACAGAUAUAUCAAUAUUGUCGACCUUAACUCGCCCGAGAAAUUUUACAAGUCGGUACAGUCUCCGCUGAAAUUCCAGACUAGAGUGGUUAGUUGCUUCACAGAUGCCACGGGCUUCGCGGUGGGCAGUAUCGAGGGCAGAUGUGCAAUCCAAUAUGUGGAAGAAAAAGCCGCCGACAACAACUUCAGCUUCAAAUGCCACCGCGACACACCCUCCGCCACUGGUCCCAAUCGCGACGUUGCCAACGUCUAUGCUGUCAACGCCAUCUCUUUUCACCCCGUACAUGGAACGUUUUCGACGGCAGGCAGCGAUGGAACUUUCCACUUCUGGGACGGUAAUGCGAAACAUCGUCUCAAGGGUUAUCCAGCAGUGGGCGCGCCAAUCACGGCCACAGCAUUCAAUAGGCAAGGGACAGUGUUUGCGUAUGCGGUAUGCUACGAUUGGAGUCAAGGUUAUCAAAAGAAUACACCUCAAACCCCAAAUAAGAUUAUGUUGCAUGGGGUGCAGCCGGAAGAGGUUAAACCGAGACCCGGAGGAAAGAAGAGAUAGGUUGGACCAGUCGGUACGGGAACAUGACAACCACGACAUCGAAGCCUUGGAGGCUUCGCGAAAACAGGAUCUGCUAGCGCAGAACAUUUGGACAGCAGGCUCGAGAAAACACGAUAAGCAGGCAGAACAACGUCUUGCAGGUUGGGAGGCUUGAUCCAAAUGCAUUGAAGCGUCGGCUCGAACUCGACUACCUGGCAACUUCGUCCAUUGUACGAGAUGCGAGGAUGAACAGAAGUAACAUCCAAGGGAUGGGCUCCGGCCAGGAAACAGGUGAUGAUGGAGACCCAGCACAGCAAAACCAAACAGAUGCAGCGCAGACCUGACUUGACCUCCGCACUGUGCAGUCUGCCCUUGGCCACCUUGGGGCCGCCCCUCGGACGCAUGCCGAUCCUCGAAUGGGAUUAGGAUAGGGCUUUUCGAGGCUGUAUUUGUAUACAUGUACUAGAAAGAGAACGACGCGACACGAAGCAGUCGGUCAAAAAUUGGGGCGAAGCAUGCGAUACCAACACCAACCCUCACGGCUUAUCUGCUUGGUGUCAAGAAUAAUGCCAUCCGUAGCUCAUACAUGCUUGCCUACAUAGCUGGCUACAAGUCGCGGUAGUUACGUAUGUUAACGCACCUACCUACAUGCAUACCUAUACAGCACCAUGCAGC